AUGGCGGAGGAGAAGAAGAAGCCUAGUCGCACCGCUCCAAUUGCAAUGGAACCUCAGAUCCCUUUGACUCAGGAAGAAACAGAAGAAAAGAAGGCGAUGGAACCGAAGAUUGCGUCCACCUCGAAGUCGAAAGAACAGGGAACCUUGCAUAUUAACAUUUCGUUCACUGAGGCGUUUGAACAGAUGCCCACGUAUGCGAAGUUUCUGAAGAACAUGGUGACAAAGAAGAGAAGCACUGGUAUGUUCGCAACGGUGGCAUUGACGCAAAGUUCAAAAUCUAUAAUUCCACCGAAAAUGCGUGACCCUGGAAGUUUCACCAUACCCUACUCUAUUGGAGGGUCAUACAUUGGUCAAGCGCUUUGCGAUCUCGGAGCCAGCAUCAAAUUGAUUGCCCUAUCAAUUUUCAAGCAGCUGAAUGCGAGGCAGUUGGCACCCACGACGGUGACUCUCUAA